AAUAUUUAUUUUCUUUUCUUUUUAGAAUGGAGGUUCAAACUGUUAAUAAUCAUUUAAACAAUGCUCUGAUAUCACCGUUAUCUGCCACCUCAAAUCCUCAAACACUCAACAAUAAAACAUCAACAAACACAAAAAGUUCAUCGUCUGCAACGUCGCCGCCGCCACCACAAUUAGCCCACUUACAGCAGGCCGCCACCAUGCAAUUAAACGAAAGUCUAACAGCCCAAUUAAGUCGCAGCAACAGUCCAGCCAGUUCAAAUUCCGAAAUAGAAAAAGAAUUACAAGAAUUGGAUUUGAAUAGUUCCAUGAAUAGUGGCAGUAUUAGUUUGGGUGCCGAAUUAAAUUGUAAAUCGAAUGGUUCAUUAAGUGGUGCCUCUUCAACAUCUACCCAAGGCCUUACAUCAUCGACAAAUGCCGCAAAAGAUAGCAAUAGUGGAGCGGCGUCUUUAACAAAUGGCAGUCAAUCGACUAAUGGUUUAAAUAGUAGUGCAACUAUUGGUGGAGCUGCAGCAAAUAUAAAGAAAAGAAUUUCCUCAAGUCGAACACCGACACGAAAGGCGAGACGAAUAAAAUUUUAUCGCAAUGGUGAUCGUUUUUAUCCAGGCAUAACCAUUCCAGUUUCAAAUGAACGUUAUAGAUCAUUUGAAAGCUUAUUUGAAGAUCUUACUAGACUUUUAGAAGAAAAUGUUAAAAUUCCAGGUGCUGUACGCACCAUUUAUACCAUGUGUGGCAAGAAGAUAACAACUUUGGAAGAGCUGGAAGAUGGUCAGAGUUACGUGUGUUCCUGCAAUAAUGAAAAUUUUAAAAAAGUCGAAUAUAAUACGACCUCACAACCCCUUACUAAUCUAUCGAUAUCAAACAAAACCUCAAAUCGUCUAUCGAAAUACUAUCGUCCCUCAUCGCCUUUAAAGAAUGGUUCUACCAAUAAUCCCAAUGUUGGCAAUGGUGCAUCGUCAAAUGCCGUCAUUACAGGCAACACUAACGGCAGUCCCGUAUUGGUAAAAUUAAGUGAACGUGAUAGUGUUGUUCAUCCACGCAUUGUAACACUAAUACGCAAUGGCACCAAACCCCGUAAACUUAUGCGACUGCUGUUAAAUAAACGCAACAGUCCCAGUUUUGAUCAUGUCUUAACAGCCAUUACGCAAAAGGUGAAGCUGGAUACGGGUUAUGUACGUAAAGUUUUCACCUUGUCCGGAACACCAGUAACACAAUUGGCUGACUUUUUUGGUCCAGACGAUGUUUUCUUUGCCUAUGGCACUGAGCGCGUCAAUAAUCCGGAUGAUUUUCGCUUGGAAACCGAUGAACAGAAAUCCUUACAGAAUAUACGUAAAAAUUUACGUACAGCUGGUACUACUUGCAAGGGUCCUAAACCAAAAAUGCCUGUUAAGAGUAAGAAAACCUAUGACACUUCAGCUAUCGAUGAAGAGAAACUACUCAAUGACAGUGGCAUUGAUGCCAAUGAACUACCAGCCGUUAUACGAGAACGUUAUGUUUUAGGACAGAUUAUAGGCGAUGGCAAUUUUGCCAUUGUACUCAAGUGCAAAGAUCGCCAGAAUGGUUUACCUUAUGCUUUGAAAAUCAUUGAUAAAAGUAAGUGCAAGGGCAAAGAACAUUAUAUCGAUGAUGAGGUGCGUGUUAUGAAGAAAUUGUCACAUCCAUAUAUUAUUUCGUUAAUAAUGGAUGUUGAUCAACAGGCGAAUAUGUAUCUGGUGCUGGAAUAUGUUAGUGGUGGUGAUUUAUUUGAUGCUAUUACACGUGUUACACGUUUCUCCGAAGAUCAAUCACGUGUUAUGAUUAAACAUUUAGCCUCAGCUAUGGCUUAUUUACAUUCCAUGAGUAUUGUACAUCGUGACAUUAAACCAGAAAAUUUAUUGGUUGAAUUAGAUGACAAAGGUAAUGUCAUUGAACUGAAAUUGGCCGACUUUGGUUUGGCUUGCGAAGUUAAUGAGCCACUAUUUGCUGUCUGCGGUACACCAACAUAUGUGGCUCCCGAAAUUUUAAUGGAAACUGGUUAUGGUUUAAAGAUCGAUGUCUGGGCAGCCGGUAUUAUUUUAUACAUAUUACUUUGUGGUUUCCCACCCUUUGUUUCGCCCGACAAUCAGCAGGAACCUUUAUUCGAUGCCAUAAUUUCGGGUAUCUACGAAUUUCCCGAUCCCUAUUGGUCGGGCAUUGGUAAUGGUGUGCGUGAUCUCAUUGCCAAUAUGUUACAAUCCGAUCCAGAUGUACGUUUCACCAGCGAAGAUAUACUCGACCAUUAUUGGACUAUGGGCAAUGAUGACAUUAACGAAUACAGCAGCUGAAUGGUGGAACAAAUCGAAAGAAUUUUUCAAUUUAUACAUUAGUGAUGUAUCUUGUUGGCUACACACACACACACACAUUAUUACACGUUUUGUAUUAUGGCUGGCUGGCUGGUUGGUUGGUGGGUUGAAAGCUGCUGUGCUCUCGCUGCUGUCAUCUUUUUUUUAACUUCUUUGAUUUUAUAAAAUGGUUUUGUAAAGUAUGGACCCGAACUGUGUAGUAUUCUGUAUUUAGAAAUUGUUUGAAUAAUAAUUAUAUAUUUUGAUUGUUUUAUUUUAUUAUUUGUAAUUUAUUAAAAA